AGAGGGGGAUUUUGAGCCGGGUGAGAAGGGUGUCUGCAGGUGAAACCGUACGCAUAUGGGCACGGUUGCAGGCGCAUAUAGGAAGCGCUCUUGCUGGUGAAACCGUACGGUUGGAGGCAUACGGGGAAAAUCAUGGGGAACGCAAUGAGACGAGUCAUCGCGCGUUGUGUUUAGUUUUGGCGCUUUUUUUUAUUAUUCAUUGGUCGUUCUAUUGCCUUUCCCGCGUGAGUAAUUUUAUAUUAUUUAUAAUUUUAUGUUAUUGAUAAUUUUAUUAAAAUUAUAUUAUUAUUAUUAUUACGUCUGUGCGAACACGUAUACGUAUUUAAGGGCGUAAACGCAGAGCAAUCUAUUUUUUUCGACGAUGCGUAAGCCGAACGGAAAGACGCAUCCUCCGAGAUACCGCACGGAUUUGGGCGCGACGAGCGACUCAUCUCGUCGCCUUUACUCGGCAAAUUUUAAUUGGUCGAGCCCGUCGCAAAGCACGGGGGAAAGUCCAUGGUGAAACGCAUGUUCGAAUAAGAGCGAUCUAUUUUUUUUCGAUGAUGCGUAAGCCGAGCGGAAAGACACACCCUCCGAGAUACCGCACGGAUUCGGGCGCGACGAGCGAUUCAUCUUGUCGUCCUUUACUCGGCAAAUUCUAAUUGGUCGAGCCCGUGUCAUAUUUUCUUCGGAAUGUGCGCAAUAUAGUUUUGUCAUCAAAUAAUAUUUCUAUCGAUCAACUUUUCCAUUUUAGUCGGGUAUAUAAGAGCGCGUCGUUAGACGUUUUGUUGUAAAAGAAUCUAUCGAGCGUGCGAUGGUGAACGUAACCUUUGUGUUGUAUGGAGAAACGAUUUUCGGUGGAAAUUAAAAACGAGGAGGUUCUUUAUUGCGACGAGUCAAUGUCAUCUACCUCAACCGCAAGCGAGGAGCGUAAUCGUUGGACCGUGAAGAAGGAGGAUAAGCGAUGGAAUUUGGGAACAUAUCAUCUAAGAAGAGAGAUUGGAACUGUAUUUGCGCGAGAGGACUUAUGGAUAAAGACGGUAAUGGCCGUGAGUGAUCGUGGAAGGGAAUAUCUGUCCAGUAUACCAACGUUUUCGUUUCAAGACGCUUUAUUUCAUCACGGAUCGGAUCGGACUUAUAUAUAUCGAAGCGAGCAGACGUGUGAAUCAACGGGUGGAAUUUGAAGUACCGAUCGAUAACGAGGGUUCUACUAUGUGGAUCUCUAGGCAAGAAUCAUGAGUGAUGCUGUCGAAAAUAUGUCUACCGACGCGGUAGUCGAUUUGUCUUGGUUCAACACACUUGUCGAGAACGCAGGCGAUGUCGUCGACGAGGAGGUCGAUCGCCUAUGGGUGGACGAUCUUUUUACGAACGCGGCCAAUAUCAUUGACGAGGAGAGUUAUCUUUUAUGGGAGUGUCGAUGCGAGGAAUGUUUAGCGCGUUGAGAGAGAAAUGUCAACGUCGUCCCGUGAGAACUGGAACGGUAAAUUCUCUCGUGUCUCGUAUUUUGAGUUUAGAGAGAAUAAGGAACGAGUUACGAUAUCGUUUUGCCUGUGCGGGUGCUGGCCUUGGCGAGAGAUCGGGAUUGAUUUGGUCGGAAAUUGAGAUCGCUUUUGACAAACGCGUGUUAACGGGCGCGGUGAUUAAUUCACGUUAUAUCGAACCAAGCGAAUUUCUAAAGGACUCGAGAAACAUGGUGAUUGAGAAGGUGCGCAAACAGUUGGAUAGAUAUUCAUGUCUGAAGGUUAAUACUGUGUUUAACGGGAAAUUCCUUGCCAAAGAUAAGAGCACUGUUAAAAGUAUUACAACCGCGAAUAAACAGCUGUUCGGUUUGACCGAUUUGCGUGAGUGGUACGAAAGAUUUGUGAUCUGUGCUAUUCUUACGUCACUGGAGGAGUUUCAGGAGCGCGAUAGCGGAUGGGCGCUGUAUAAUGAAUUUGAACGUUAAUAUCAAUAAAUGUGAUCCCAUGCAGGCGGGAUGCUGGUGCGAUAUAUCGUCGUACGUAAGACGUAAGAAAGCGGUGGUGAACGUGCGGUCGAACGAUAACGCGUGUUUCGUGUGGACUGUUAUCGCCGCGAUGUUUCCCGUUGAGGAGAAUAAAGAGAGAAGCAGUUCGUAUCCCGAUUAUCGAAUGUAUUUAAAGUUCGAUGGAAUAAAAUUUCCGGUUGCCCUGCGAGACAUUACUAUAUUUGAACGUUUGAACAAUAUAUCCAUAAAUGUGUUUAUGUUUAAGGAACGUGAUAAAAAAAAGAUCAUUCCUCUACGUCUUACGGCUGACAAGAGAAACAUUCACGUAAAUUUGCUAUAUAUCGGAUCCACGACGUAACCAUACGGUGGGUCAUUAUGUUUGGAUAAGCCAGCUCUCGCGAUUGGUCUCGAACGAAAUAAACAAGACUAAAACCAAAAAGUUCAUAUGCGAUCGAUGUUUACAUUAUUUUUAUUCGAUCGAGAAAUUAUCCGAGGAUACCGUGGAUUGCGAAAAGAUGAACGAGUACGCGAUUGUUCUUCCCAAAGAAGAGGAUAAAUGGCUUUCGUUUCGCAACUAUGAUCGAAAGGAGCGACUCCUGUACGUGGUAUAUGCAGAUUUGGAGUGUCUUUUGGAAAAGAAGGACGAGGGGGAAAGUUUUAUGACAACGGAAAAUGGAUUCGGUUAUCAACGCCACAGAGCGUUUAGCGUCGGUUAUUAUGUCAAGUGCACGUUAGGCGAUGAAUCAUCGUCAUCGAUGUAUAUAUCGCAUCGCGGUCAAGACUGUGUUUCGUGGGUUGCGAAAGAAUUGAAUUCUCUAGCGCAUCUCGCGAAAGAUACUCUUGGCACGGUCGCGCCUAUGACGGAGUUGACGAGGGAGGAGACGCGUAGUUUCUCGGACGCGAAGUUUUGUCACAUAUGCGGAAAAAUAUUCCUGACGACGGAUCUGCGUGUACACGAUCGUUGUCAUAUUACUGGACGGUACAGGGGCGCAGCGCAUUCGUAUUGUAAUUUAAAUUACCACAAUUCCUUUAUGAUUCCGGUGUUUUUUCACAAUUUAUCUGGAUACGACGCGCAUUUUAUAAUUAAAGAAAUCGCAAAUGAAUAUGAGGGUAGAGUUGAUUUGUUACCGUUAAACGAAGAGACGUAUAUUUCUUUCACGAAGAAUGUAAGUUCUACGAGAGAGAAAAAAUGGCAUAAUUGCGUAAAAUUGCGAUUCGUUGAUUCUUAUAAAUUUCUAAAUGAAAGUCUCGGUAAAUUGGUGUCGUACCUAGAUAGAGGCGACUUACGAAUAACGCGAUCUAUGUUUUCCGAUGUGGAUGACGAAGAUUUUGAAUUGCUCACGCGCAAAGGCGUGUUUCCGUACGAAUACCUCGACAGCAUCGAUAGGUUGCACGACACGGAGUUACCAUCGCGGGAGACUUUUUAUAGUUCGUUAACGGGAGAGGAGGUGUCCGACGACAAUCACAAGCACGCCGUUAAGGUUUGGCAGCGUUUUAACAUUCAAAAUCUAGGUGAAUACAGCAAUCUGUAUUUGAAAACGGACGUGCUACUCCUGGCGGAUGUCUUUGAAAAGUUUCGCGACAAUAGCAUAGAGAGUUACGGUUUGGAUCCCGCUCAUUAUUACACGUUACCCGGCUAUACGUGGGACGCGAUGUUAAAAUACACGGGUGUUCGUUUUGAACUUCUGACCGAUAUCGAUAUGGUGUUGUUUGUGGAGCGUGGUGUGCGCGGCCUUAGUCAGUGUUCGAAUAGAUACGCGCGUGCUAAUAACAGAUACCUACCGUGUUACGAUUCGUCGCAACCGUCAUCGUUUCUUAUGUAUUAUGACGUAAAUAAUCUGUACGGUUGGGCAAUGUGCCAACCGUCACCGUACUCGUGUUUUCAGUGGCUCGACGACAUUACCAAUUUCGACGUAAUGUCGGUGUCCGCGGAUUCUUAUUUCGGUUACAUUCUGGAGGUAGAUCUCGCGUAUCCGCACGAGCUGUACGACGCUCACGCGGAUCUUCCAUUUUGUCUCGUGCGCGCCACGCCUCCCGAUAAGCGGAACGUCAAGCUUUUGGCCACGCUUCACGAUAAGUCGCAUUACGUCAUACAUUAUCGCAAUUUACAACACUGCCUGCGACACGGAUUGCGCGUAACGAUGAUUCAUCGCGUAUUACGAUUCGCACAAUUUCCAUGGCUUCGCGGUUACUGCGACGUAGCUUUCGUCGGGAACCGCCGGGUCCGAGGAGCUACGCCCAAUUAACAGCAAUAGUUGUCUAAUAGUUCGCGGGUAACGCUUCCUCGCGAGAUCGGUAACGUCCGAAAACGGUAGCCUGCUUGAGCGGUAACUCCGAAAAUGCUCUAAUUUUCUGGGCGCCAGGCGCGGAUUUCCGCGCCGCACAACAAUUAACUAUAAUUCGGUAGCUGGAUAGGAAGCGUCACUAAUGCCGGUGGCUCUUUUCUCGACGUGGUAGAGGGGCGUGGUUCUUUAUUAAUCGAGGGGUAUGGAGAGCUCGGAUCGAGGCAGGUCGUAGAAAAGAAUCGAUACUCAAUUGUUAAUUAAAUAGCAAUUUUAAAAUAUAUUUCGUGAAAGGUAAAGAAAUGCUGUGUCGACGACAAUCGUGGAUCUUACUCCACUUGUUAAUUGCUUAAUUUCAUAGAAAUGGUUAUUACGGAAGCCGGAAGUCGGCACUACAAGAAUGCGGAAACUUUGUUCUUUCUCUACGCGGCGAGAGGCCGUCGGGGCUCUCCGCUCGCCAAUCACUCUAAUUACAAUGUAUUCUAACUCGGUAUUCGCGGUACUGAAGAAAUCAAUUCUUAAUCACAAUAUGACUGUCGGUACUGGCUUUGUCCGAGAGGGACCUACUUAACAAUUAAAUAUUCGGGCCGGUCGGUCCGAUCUUUCGUGCGGCCACGAGACUCUACUUAGUACUUCAAGUCCUUCACACUAAUAAAUCAACAACAGCAAAACGGUAUCGGAUUCGGGUAACCGGUAACACGACAAACGGUAUCCCUUAUCCGGUCCCGCACGAAAGUCGACCGCCUUACCGAAUCUUACGGAAUUCCGCGUGGCUGCCGAGUGAUGGCCUUACAAUAAUCUCUUGACUCUCGUCCGUCGAAGUUGGUCUCAAGGGCUCGUCCUAUGGCACGUACUAUCUCGCCGUCAACCGAACAGUGAGGAGCCCCUGUCCCGCGCCGGCCGGCUCGAGCCGUCGCGCAUGCGCGGACGCUCUUCGAUUUGCUAUCGCUGGAUCCACGUGUUUCCGCGUGAUCCUCGAUCCAGCGCCGCGCUGCCUCGUCCCUUGAACGGCCCGUGCUGAACACGUGCUCCAACCAUGUGCUCCCUGUUUCCGCCGUUUCGGUAGGUCCGGCUGGCCAGGCCGCGACCAAUCCGAUCGGGGUGGCUGGCGGUUCCAUGUCUGUGGCCGCUCUUUCGGUUCGCUGCCCGGUGGUGCGUGCCCACAGCGUGAUCCUAGCUGGGAGCCGUCGUGUCCCCGCGCUGUUAGUCGGCGCGGCCGGUAUCCUUUGCUCAGGGACGGAAACGUUCUGCGGGGCCCGAUGCUCGGCACGGCGGGGAAACUCCUUGAGGGGCGCUCCUUCCACUGUCGAGUGUCCCCAGCAAUUCCCGCGACGGCUGCUCCUCCGUCGCCUCUGACACACUCUUCCGAUGAGCCCUCACUCGGCGCCUUUACUUUAAACGAUUGUUACUACAAUCGGAAAAACGGUAUCGCGGAAGCUAAAAAUAAAAAAUAAAAUAAAGUAACAGUCACAUCCCCCUCGGUUCGGCGAGGAGUCGCCCCCGAUCGACCCUCUCGGUCGGUCCUGUGCCCUUGUGACGGGCGCCCGGAUGCGCCACGUCACAACUCCCCCUUCCCUGGGGAGGACCGAAAAAGGUCUUGAGCUUCGGCGGUCAAGGCUGACCACCACUCUGGCAGCCCCCGGGCCUCAGCCCACGGGAGGCAUUGCUCCAUCCAACAACACCCUAAUUAAAACAGGAAUAGCAGGAAGCUUCUCUUGUAGUCAAACCUCUUCCAAACUUUCCAGAUCCGACAGUAUAAUUCUCACAUUCAUUCAAAGCGUCAUAGACUAGUCUUGCAUUCUCAGUGCCUCUCCUAGCGAUGCAAGGAAGGAAAAAAAAUGAACGGUGACUCCAGCAAUGUAAGAAUAUAUGCUCUUUACUCUAUCUUCUAGAGAUCGUACAAAAAUAAUAACACUAGGCUUCGGUAGCCGGGAGCAAACAAAACAAAUGUUAUUGGCACAGCCGGGCGGUAUCACGAACACAAGAAA